GAGGUUUUGAGUCGAAAUUAACACAAUAAAGUGAAUAUGUAUAGCAUACAAAGUUAAUCUGUGAAAUAAGAAAUUAGUAAUCUGUUUUGUUGGUGCUAGUAAGUUGCUUAAAAAGUAUAUCCAGUAGUCUUAACUUCUUCAGAAAGAUAAGGAAAAACGAUAAUGACCUAAUCGGAAAAAAUUGCAUACAUCGGCUUUACUCAAAAUUGAUUUAUAAUGUGGAAAAGUUAAUUGUCCAGAAAACAUUAUGAAAUAAUCAUAUCACUAUGACAGAAAGCAUUACAACACUUACUGCUCCAAUUUCUCUAUCAACAUAUCAUCAGCUGAGUUUAACUGUUGAAUCAGCUAGUAUCCGUAAUUCUGGACUUUUUAAACCAAAUCCCUAUUUGCAACUUAUAAUAGAUGAUAAUAUUUCAAGAAGAACUGAGGUCAUAAAAAAUACAUUGCAUCCAAAAUGGAAGGAAGAAUUUACAGUUUUGGUUACACCUCUAUCUCAACUAGUAUUGCGACUGGCAGACCACCACAGUUUUCGAAAAGAUCACAUUAUUGGCGAGAAAAAAAUAAACUUCUUAAAAAUUCUUCUUUAUAUCAAUGGAAAAUGUGAAAAUGUGGAAUUAAGUAUUGAUUUGAUGAAGAGUGUUUCUCAGGAUAAUGCUUCUAAUGGAAACACAGAAGUGAAGGCAGCUGAGUUAGUGUUGCUCUUAGAUGGCUUAAGAAUUGACCCAUCCAUUUUAAAUCAGUCACAUGAAGCAUUAGGAGAAACUAGUAAUUCCCAAAGCCCCCUUAGUGAAGGUGUUCGAUGCAGGUUUAGAAUAAGAAAUAAUUUAGAAAACCAGAGGUCUGUGGUGCAUCUUCGAGCAUUGCGUCCCCCACCGGGUCCGCCUCCACUGAGCAAUGGCGCCGUGUCCGUGAGCGCGUUGGAGAGUGGCGCUGGCCCCUCGCGGCAGGAUGAGCCGCCCGUCGCGCCCGUCGCUACGCACCUCGCGCCCGCCCCCGCCGCUACCCCCUCGGCGACCGCCGCUCCCACUGCCGAAGAACCUCUGCCACCAGGGUGGGAAAUGCGUUACGAUGUUUAUGGGAGACGGUACUAUGUGGACCACAACACGCGGUCGACGUCCUGGGAGCGGCCGCAGCCUCUGCCGCCGGGCUGGGAGGUGCGGCGCGACGCGCGCGGCCGGGUGUACUACGUGGACCACAACACGCGCACCACCACCUGGCAGCGGCCCGACACGGAGCGUCUGGCGCGCUUCCAGCACUGGCGCGGCGAGCGUCGCCAUGUAGUGGCGCAGGGCAACCAGCGCUUCCUCUUCCCGCCACCGCGCCCGCACGCUACGCACUCGCAGCCGCUGCUCCUGCCCGAGCCCCUCGACGCAGACCACGACCCGCCCCCAAGCGGAAGUGGCGCGAGCGGCCCGCCCGCAGCGCCCAGCGCGGCGCCGAGCGCAGCGGGCGCGGCGGGCGCGGGCGCGGGCGCGGCGGACGAGGCGCUGGGCGCGCUGCCGGCCGGCUGGGAGCGCCGCGUGCAGCCCGACGGCCGAGUGUACUUCGUAAACCACAAGAAUCGUACCACGCAGUGGGAAGACCCGCGCACCCAGGGACAAGAAAUCAGCGCGCUAGAGGAGGCUCUCCCCCCCGGUUGGGAGAUAAGGUUCACAGAGGAGGGCACGCGAUACUUCGUUGACCACAACACGCGCACCACCACAUUCCAGGACCCAAGGCCGGGCGCGCCGAAGGGUCCACAAGGGGCCUACGGCGUACCCAGAGCCUACGAACGCUCCUUCAGAUGGAAACUUAGUCAAUUUAGAUACCUAUGCCAGAGCAACGCUUUACCCAGUCACAUAAAAAUUACGCUAUCGCGGCAGACACUUUUCGAAGAUUCGUAUCAUCAGAUCAUGAGGCUACCUGCAUACGAACUUCGGAGACGAUUGUAUAUAAUAUUCCGCGGCGAAGAAGGCUUAGAUUACGGAGGAGUUAGCCGUGAAUGGUUUUUCUUACUAUCCCACGAAGUUCUCAAUCCAAUGUACUGCCUUUUUGAAUAUGCAAACAAAAAUAAUUAUAGUCUUCAAAUUAAUCCAGCCAGUUAUGUUAACCCAGAUCACUUACUUUAUUUUAAAUUCAUAGGAAGAUUUAUUGCAAUGGCUCUGUACCAUGGAAGAUUUAUAUAUUCCGGUUUCACUAUGCCUUUCUAUAAGAGAAUGUUAAACAAAAAACUGACAAUGAAAGAUAUAGAAUCAAUUGAUCCAGAAUUUUAUAACUCGUUAGUUUGGAUUAAAGACAACAAUAUCGACGAGUGUGGCCUUGAAAUGUGGUUUAGUGUAGAUUUCGAAGUUUUAGGACAAGUGAUACAUCAUGAAUUAAAACCGUCGGGUGAUAAAGAACGUGUUACAGAGGCUAAUAAGGAGCAAUAUUUACAAUUAGUUACACAAUGGCGUAUGACACGAGGAAUCGAAGAACAAACGAUCGCUUUUCUUGACGGUUUUAACGAGGUGGUACCGUUGGAGUGGUUGAAGUACUUCGACGAGCGCGAGCUGGAGCUGAUGCUGUGCGGCAUGCAGGAGGUGGACGUGGACGACUGGCAGCGGAACACCAUCUACCGCCACUACACGCGCACCAGCAAGCAGGUCGCUUGGUUCUGGCAGUUUGUGCGACAAAUGGACAACGAAAAACGGGCAAGAUUGCUGCAAUUCGUUACAGGAACUUGUCGAGUGCCAGUUGGUGGAUUUGCUGAGCUUAUGGGUUCUAAUGGACCUCAACGCUUCUGUAUAGAAAAGGUCGGAAAAGACACAUGGCUACCGAGGUCACACACAUGCUUCAAUCGCCUUGACCUACCGCCUUAUAAAAGUUACGAACAGUUGUGUGAGAAAUUGAACUAUGCGAUCGAAGAAACGGAAGGAUUUGGUCAAGAGUAAAUAAAUUUUGCUAGUAGCACUAGUAGAAUAUUGUAAAUUAUUAAUACUUUAAUUUAAAUGCACCAACCUCCAUGAGAGGUUUUGUUCAAUUGGAAUUGGUGCCGUCGUAAAAAGACCAACCAAAUACUUGUAUGAAUAUUUGUUUAUUAAACAAUAAUUUUAUUGUGUAGAUAUCUUUUAGUGUAUUAUGUCAGUUAUAUAAGAUAUAUUUUGUUUGAACUAUAUUUAUAAAGUUCGUCUAUAA